AUGAGUGAACAUAUCUUAUUCAAAGAAGAAAUUUCUUGUUCGAUUAUAAAAGUAGCUAAUGAGCAAAAGGUGGUGCGUUGGGAAGACCUAAUUAAUGAUUUGGCGGAAUUGAUAAAAGAAAAUUACAAUGGCAAAAGCGUCAAAGUUUACCGUGGCGAUUGGAAAAGAAAAAUCAAAGUUAUUGUAAAAUCCAUGGGAUUUAAACUUGAACAAUUUAAUGAUGACAUAUUUGUCCCCUUGGAAACCACAAAAAAUAUAGAGUCGUCCAAAGGCUCACACUAUACACUAUCAGCAUCUGAAAAGCAACGAGUUGUCGACCUCUAUGACAACAUCGCUGAAAAAUGGGUUCUGUCAACAGGCAAGAUUGUCGACGAUGAAAUGAAGAAAUUGGCAGAGAAGUGUUGCUAUGAGCAUCCUGUGCACUCUAUGAUUCUGGACGCAGAUGAUCCCAUUUGGAGAAGUUACUUCACAAUUGCUGAAUUAAAUGAAAUCAAAUCAUUUCGUGUAAAAAGCUUACCAGACAUUCCUGAGGACAUCCAAGAAUACCUAAAUGAGUAUAAUAAAGAGUGGAAUUCAGGAAAAGAGCUCUAUGAGUAUGCUGAUAGUCAAAAGCACAAUCCCAUUGCUCAAUUCAAUCACAAAUGGAUUUGCCAAAGCAUAUUACAAGCAUCAGAGCUAUUUCUAUACGAAGAUACAUUGACUUUGAACGAAUAUUCUGAGGCAGAUCUUCUGCAUGAAGUAUGGCCCUUCGUUUACAAAGCCUUCAAAAAUGGUGGAAUUAAAGCGGCUCUUGGUGAAAAGUCAAGUGUUGCAGUCACGUUGGGUAGAAAUAAGGAAAGAGGUUUAGAAGCAGUAGAAAGAAGAACAAGAAAAGCAAUGGGAGCAAGGGUCGAUAUACUUUUUAAAGUAUUGAGCAAAGAGCUUGUUUCAGGCGAAGUUGGAAAAAGUAAAAUUACCGCAGUUGACGAUAAAUAUCUCAACGAUGGUCUUAGCAAACUGCCGAAGACACUACGCGAUAUGCUCUCUCUCCUUGUUGAUGAAAACCCAAUGCAAGUGAAUAAUCUUGCAACAAUUGGGUUUUUGAUGAUGGGAUUGAGCAUAGAACUUUUUGUAAUGGAUAUCCCUGUUGGUUAUUACAUAACCCGAAUUUUAAGAACGCAAAAACUUGAAUUUCCCAACAGUAUCAAUACGUUUGCUAUUGACUUUAUCCCUCUCCUGGAAGUUGUCUGGAAGGGUAAAGAAUCUAUGAAAAGCGUCGUUAAAAUCUUAAGCAACAGAAAACGAAAGGCUGCUGAACUGCGUACUUCUGUGGAUAAUAAUUAUGUACUAUUACCUCCAUCUUUCGUUCGUAAUUCUUAUGCCUAA